GCGGAACAGCGGAGCAGCGGCGGGACGGCGCUGGGCCGGGGGCGCGCGGGAACGCGGGGGCGCGGGCGCGAGGCCGCCUGGCGGGGCCGCGCGUAGGAGGUGCCGGAGGAGGAGCGCUGCCCGCCGGUGCCGCCGCUCGGUGCGGGUCAGGGAUCGCAGGAGCGGCCAAGCCGCGGCCUGGAACAAAGAGGCGGGCGCGGCGCGAUGGCGGACCGCAGCCUGGAGGGUAUGGCGCUGCCGCUGGAGGUGCGGGCGCGGCUGGCCGAGCUGGAGCUGGAGCUGUCGGAAGGUGACAUCACACAGAAAGGAUAUGAGAAGAAGAGGUCGAAAUUAAUUGGUGCCUACCUGCCCCAGCCUCCAACAGCGAAUGGAGCUGCGGUGGCCCGGUGUAGACUGCAGCACAGUGAAGGCGCCCCGAGGAGAACGCCACACUCCGGCCACAUCGGGGUGUGUGACAUCAGAGAAGCCGCUGGCAGGGAGCGGGUGGCCAGCACCGCGGGAAACCGGCCUCUGUUUUACUUUCGUUUCGGGGUGGAUCAAGCUUUGCCGCCAGAGCGCCGGGCUCCAGUUACUCCCUCCUCUUCCUCUCGCUAUCACCGCCGAAGGUCCUCAGGGUCUCGAGAUGAGCGCUAUCGGUCAGAUGUCCACACAGAAGCUGUUCAGGCAGCGCUUGCGAAACACAAAGAAAGGAAGAUGGCAGUGCCUAUGCCUUCCAAACGCAGGUCCUUGGUGGUGCAGACCUCGAUGGAUGCCUACACACCUCCAGAUACCUCCUCUGGUUCGGAAGACGAAGGCUCCGUGCAGGGGGACUCCCAGGGGACGCCUACCUCCAGCCAGGGCAGCAUCAACAUGGAGCACUGGAUCAGCCAGGCCAUCCAUGGCUCCACCACCUCCACAACCUCUUCCUCAUCCACCCAAAGUGGGGGCAGUGGCGCCGCCCACAGGCUGGCUGAUGUCAUGGCCCAGACGCACAUAGAAAAUCACUCUGCACCUCCUGACGUAACCACGUACACCUCAGAACACUCGAUACAAGUGGAAAGGCCACAAGGGUCGACGACGUCGCGGACAGCACCAAAGUACGGCAAUGCCGAGCUCAUGGAGACCGGCGAUGGAGUGCCAGUAAGUAGCCGGGUAUCCGCAAAAAUUCAACAGCUUGUCAAUACCCUCAAACGACCGAAACGGCCGCCAUUACGGGAAUUCUUCGUCGAUGACUUUGAAGAAUUACUAGAAGUUCAACAACCAGAUCCAAACCAGCCAAAGCCAGAGGGAGCACAGAUGCUAGCCAUGCGAGGGGAGCAGCUGGGUGUGGUUACGAAUUGGCCCCCGUCUUUGGAAGCCGCAUUACAGCGAUGGGGGACCAUCUCACCAAAGGCCCCGUGCUUGACCACGAUGGACACAAACGGGAAACCUCUGUACAUCCUCACUUACGGCAAACUGUGGACGAGAAGUAUGAAAGUUGCUUACAACAUUCUGCAUAAAUUAGGUACAAAGCAAGAACCGAUGGUGCGACCUGGAGAUAGGGUGGCUCUGGUGUUCCCCAACAACGACCCUGCUGCGUCCAUGGUGGCCUUCUACGGCUGCCUGCUGGCCGAGGUUGUUCCUGUGCCCAUAGAAGUACCACUCACGAGAAAGGAUGCAGGGAGCCAGCAGAUCGGGUUCCUGCUUGGCAGCUGUGGAGUGACCGUUGCCUUGACCAGCGACGCCUGCCACAAAGGACUGCCGAAGAGCCCGACGGGGGAGAUCCCCCAGUUCAAAGGUUGGCCAAAGUUGUUAUGGUUUGUCACAGAGUCAAAACAUCUCUCCAAACCUCCUCGAGACUGGUUCCCACACAUUAAAGAUGCAAAUAAUGACACCGCAUAUAUCGAGUAUAAGACGUGCAAGGAUGGAAGUGUGCUCGGGGUGACCGUGACGAGGAUUGCACUGCUGACCCACUGCCAGGCUCUCACACAGGCGUGCGGCUACACAGAAGCUGAAACCAUUGUGAAUGUGUUGGAUUUCAAGAAAGACGUUGGGCUCUGGCAUGGAAUCCUAACAAGCGUCAUGAACAUGAUGCACGUGAUCAGCAUCCCGUACUCGCUGAUGAAGGUGAACCCGCUCUCCUGGAUCCAGAAGGUCUGCCAGUACAAAGCAAAAGUGGCCUGUGUCAAGUCCAGGGACAUGCACUGGGCAUUGGUGGCCCACAGGGAUCAGAGAGACAUCAACCUUUCCUCGCUGCGGAUGCUGAUCGUCGCCGACGGCGCAAACCCCUGGUCUAUUUCUUCCUGUGACGCAUUUCUCAACGUCUUUCAAAGUAAAGGCCUGCGCCAGGAGGUCAUCUGUCCCUGUGCCAGCUCACCAGAGGCACUCACUGUGGCCAUUCGGAGGCCCACAGACGACAGCAACCAGCCCCCGGGCCGGGGCGUCCUCUCCAUGCACGGGCUGACCUAUGGGGUCAUCCGGGUGGACUCGGAAGAAAAGCUGUCUGUGCUCACCGUGCAGGACGUCGGCCUGGUGAUGCCUGGAGCCAUCAUGUGCUCCGUGAAGCCCGACGGGAUCCCCCAGCUGUGCCGGACAGAUGAAAUCGGGGAGCUCUGCGUGUGCGCGAUCGCUACAGGCACAUCCUACUACGGCCUCUCUGGCAUGACCAAGAACACCUUCGAGGUGUUCCCCGUGACGAGCUCAGGGGCCCCGGUCAGCGAGUACCCCUUCGUGAGGACAGGUCUGCUGGGCUUCGUCGGCCCCGGAGGGCUCGUCUUCGUGGUGGGCAAGAUGGACGGGCUGAUGGUGGUCAGUGGACGCAGACACAACGCCGACGACAUCGUAGCCACGGCGCUGGCCGUGGAGCCCAUGAAGUUUGUCUACAGGGGAAGAAUAGCUGUGUUCUCAGUGACCGUGCUGCACGACGAGAGGAUAGUGAUCGUGGCUGAGCAGCGGCCCGACUCCACGGAGGAGGACAGCUUCCAGUGGAUGAGCCGGGUGCUCCAGGCGAUCGACAGCAUCCAUCAAGUUGGGGUUUAUUGUUUGGCCUUGGUUCCUGCAAACACCCUCCCCAAGACCCCACUUGGUGGGAUCCAUUUGUCAGAAACGAAGCAGCUUUUUCUGGAGGGCUCGCUUCACCCCUGCAAUGUCCUGAUGUGCCCUCACACUUGUGUCACAAACCUGCCUAAACCUCGACAAAAGCAGCCAGAAAUUGGCCCUGCCUCUGUGAUGGUGGGGAACCUGGUGUCUGGGAAGAGGAUUGCGCAGGCCAGUGGCAGAGACCUCGGUCAGAUAGAGGACAAUGACCAGGCCCGGAAGUUCCUGUUCCUCUCGGAAGUCCUGCAGUGGAGGGCUCAGACGACCCCCGACCACGUCCUCUACACGCUGCUCAACUGCAGGGGCACAAUAGCAAACUCGCUGACAUGCGUCCAGCUGCAUAAACGAGCGGAGAAGAUAGCCGUGAUGCUGAUGGAGAGGGGGCGCCUGCAAGAUGGGGACCACGUUGCCCUCGUCUACCCACCAGGAAUAGACCUCAUCGCAGCAUUUUACGGUUGCCUAUAUGCAGGCUGUGUGCCCAUUACCGUCCGCCCCCCACACCCACAGAAUAUCGCAACGACGCUGCCGACCGUGAAGAUGAUUGUGGAGGUGAGUCGCUCUGCCUGCUUAAUGACAACACAACUGAUCUGUAAAUUGUUACGGUCCAGGGAGGCAGCUGCAGCCGUCGAUGUCAGGGCAUGGCCGCCCAUACUGGACACAGAUGAUUUGCCAAAGAAGCGGCCGGCCCAGAUCUACAAACCCUCCAACCCGGACACGCUGGCUUACCUGGAUUUCAGUGUGUCCACAACUGGAAUGCUAGCUGGAGUGAAGAUGUGUCACGCAGCCACCAGUGCCUUCUGCCGAUCCAUUAAGCUACAGUGUGAGCUCUACCCCUCUAGAGAAGUGGCCAUCUGCUUGGACCCUUACUGUGGACUUGGGUUUGUUCUGUGGUGCCUCUGCAGCGUCUACUCUGGGCACCAGUCUAUUCUCAUUCCGCCUUCUGAGCUGGAAACCAACCCUGCUUUGUGGCUUCUGGCCGUCAGUCAGUACAAAGUCCGGGAUACAUUUUGCUCCUAUUCGGUGAUGGAGCUUUGUACCAAGGGGCUAGGCUCGCAGACAGAAUCCCUCAAGGCACGAGGACUGGACUUGUCCCGUGUGAGGACCUGUGUGGUGGUGGCAGAAGAACGGCCUCGAAUAGCACUCACCCAGUCCUUCUCAAAACUCUUCAAAGACCUGGGCCUCCAUCCGCGGGCUGUUAGCACCUCGUUUGGCUGUAGAGUGAACCUGGCCAUUUGCUUGCAGCCCCACAGGCUGUGGAAGCUGGCCGAGCAGGGGACCUCAGGACCUGAUCCCACCACCGUCUAUGUUGACAUGAGAGCUCUGAGGCAUGACAGAGUCCGCUUAGUGGAAAGAGGGUCCCCUCACAGCUUGCCGCUUAUGGAAUCAGGAAAAAUACUCCCGGGGGUUCGGAUCAUAAUUGCCAAUCCAGAAACAAAAGGACCGUUGGGAGACUCGCACCUGGGUGAGAUCUGGGUACACAGCGCCCACAACGCCAGCGGGUACUUCACUAUUUAUGGAGACGAGUCCCUCCAGUCAGAUCAUUUUAGCUCAAGAUUAAGUUUUGGAGACACCCAGACCGUCUGGGCGCGAACGGGCUAUUUGGGGUUCCUGCGGAGGACUGAGCUCACAGACGCAAACGGAGAGCGCCACGAUGCGCUGUACGUGGUGGGAGCCUUGGACGAGGCCAUGGAGCUGCGUGGGAUGCGGUACCACCCCAUAGACAUCGAGACCUCUGUCAUUCGGGCCCACAAGAGCGUCACAGAGUGUGCUGUGUUCACCUGGACAAAUUUGUUGGUGGUUGUGGUUGAGCUUGAUGGGUCAGAGCAAGAAGCCUUGGACCUGGUCCCCUUGGUGACCAAUGUGGUCCUGGAGGAGCACUACCUGGUGGUGGGGGUGGUGGUCGUGGUGGACAUCGGCGUCAUCCCCAUCAACUCCCGGGGAGAGAAGCAGCGCAUGCACCUGCGGGACGGGUUCUUGGCGGACCAGCUGGACCCCAUCUACGUGGCCUACAACAUGUAGUCUGGUCUCCGGAUCCCGCAGACUGUCCUCGAGUGGAGACGUUUUUCUCAGUGUCACUAACGUGUGCAGACGCAGGGCGACGUUCGCCAAAACGUGGCCUGUUUCACACAGCGGAGCGGAGGCGACUUCCCGCAGCGGUCCUGACUGGCGUGGAGAACGGAAA